AUGGCGCAAAUACGAGGAACUGCCGGGUAUAACCUGGGGAUGAACAAUCAGUUUAGUUCUCAGCGCAGCAGUGAAGCCACUAGCGAUCCAAGCCCUCUCGAUCAGAUCAGAGAACAAACAAGCAAGAUCGAAGACUGGUUGACCACCAUCGGCGAGCCCCUAAAGCCAUACCUCCCUGCUAUCGGACGAUUUCUCAUCGUGGUCACCUUCAUCGAAGAUGCUAUAAGAAUAAUUACUCAGUGGAAUGAUCAGCUUACCUAUUUGCGGGAUUUCAGACACAUUCCUUGGGGUAUUACACACUUGUUCUUGAUUUACAACAUCGUCACCAUGUCGGUCUGCUCCACGCUGGUCAUCAUACGCCGCUACGGAGAAUACGCAGUUGGCGGGCUUCUUUCGGUCGUGGUCGUACAAGCUCUUGGAUACGGGCUUAUCUUCGAUAUCACAUUCUUCCUGCGAAACUUGUCGGUUAUUGGCGGGCUGCUGAUGGUCCUCGGGGACAGCUUUGUCAAGAAGAGCAGGGUGUUUGCUGGGCUACCUACAAUUGACGAGAAGGACAAGAAGAUGUACAUCCAACUUGGAGGCAGAGUCCUUCUCAUCUUCCUCUUCAUCGGCUUCAUCUUUGCAGGUGAAUGGAGUAUCUGGCGAGUCCUGGUCAGUCUGAUUGGAUUUGUGGCUUGCGUGAUGGUGGUGGUCGGGUUCAAGGCCAAGCUCAGUGCCAUCAUUUUGGUCCUUCUGCUCAGCGUGUUCAACGUGCUCGUCAACAAUUUCUGGGCGCUCCACAACAGCCACCCGCACAAGGAUUUUGCCAAGUACGACUUCUUUCAGAUCCUCUCUAUUAUGGGUGGCCUUCUGCUGUUGGUAAACAUGGGACCCGGUCAAUUAAGUGUGGAUGAGAAGAAAAAAGUCUACUAG